GAACGGAACCAGACCACCACUCACCGAGACUCCUGCCUCGACUCGGACUUUCCCGGGAACACCCCUCUCGACCCCACCAGCUGCGGGCACCUUCGGAGACCCACGGACAAAACGGAAAAAAAUACAGUGGGCUACGCUGCAAUGUCUGAGGGAACAAGCCCUGAACCCGCAAACAGCAAAAGCAAACGAAAAAAGGCCUCCAGAGCCUGCGGCCAUUGCCAAAAGGCGCAUUUGACCUGUGACGACCAGCGACCUUGCAGCAGGUGUGUAAAGCGGGAGCUGCAGGAUACCUGUGCGGACGGGCAUAGGAAAAAGGCAAAGUACCUGCUGGACGUUGACGAGGACGAUCUCGACGCCCCCCAAUCGAGCGCAACCUCGCAACAAGACAGAACGCCACCCGACGUGCACGCAACACUCAACCAACAGGAGCAGGUCUCACCACAUAACCAGCAGCAGCAUACGCAGUCCAUACCGCACCCGCCGCCACCGCCACCGGUUCAACUUGAGUACUCGAAUCAGCAGCAGCAGCAGCAGCAACAGGCGCCGCCACAUAUACCCGCUGGAGUUAGAUACCAAGUAGUGCCAAACAUGGCGCAACAACAGAGUCAGCCAGCAAUAUCAGGACUGGGAUCCAUACAACAGUCAGUGCCGAAUGUCGUCCCACCAAACGCAUUACUCAACUUCCCAAUGGCGUCCGAUUUCAAUUUCGGAUCGGAGGCGGUCAACCUGGAAUACUCCUUUCUCUCCAAUAUGUUGGGCACGGCACCUAUGGGCGACCCAAACACCUUUUCGAUGAGCGAUAUGUUGGGACAACCCACUGACUUGCAACAACACCAACACCAGCAUCAACAUCCAUCUCAGCAGCCGAACGCAUAUAAUCAGGGCAUGCCCGCCAACAACAUGGCUCUGCACACAAGCAUGUCGCCCAACCAACCGAUGGAGAACUCAUACAGGGACAAUCGGCCGGCUGCCGUGUACAAAUCGGUGUUGCAGCCCUACGAUUAUCGCGAAGGGUUCCAUUACCUCGUGCGAUAUGUGAAGGAGCGGAUGGAGAAGAACGAUAUUAUGAGGAUUUGUCGGGCGCUGGCGCAAUUCAGACCGUCGUUUAUGGCUCAGAUUAUGAACUUGUCGGAAGAGGAUCUGGUGUUUAUGGAGAAGUGUUUCCAGAGGACUAUCAUGGAAUUCGACAAGCUGAUAGGUUUCUCGGGCACACCCACCGUCGUCUGGCGGCGCACGGGCGAAAUCGCGCUAGUCGGCAAAGAAUUCUCCAUCCUCACGCAAUGGUCACGCGACCAGCUGCUCGGCAGCUCCACUACCAAAAAAACCUACAUCUACGAACUAAUGGACAACGCGUCCGCGGUCGAUUACUGGGAGAAAUUCAGCCUGAUUGCGUUUGAUAACUCGCAGCAGAGUAUGAUGACGACGUGUACGCUGGUGUCGCCGAGUGGACGGCCGGUGCCGUGUGCGUUUUGUUUUACGAUUAAAAGGGAUAUUUUUGAUGUGCCAUUGGCGAUUGUGGGGAAUUUCCUGCCGCUGUUCCGACCGGUCUAGGUGGUGGUCCGCCCGCAUUUCGAUUGAUAUUCUUCGGCUCGAUGUUACCCUCUGUUGAUGUGGGAGUUGGUCAGUCGUUUUUG